GGUCUUUCAAAGCGGAACGAUUGGUUUCAGGUCUUAUUUUCCCGGGGACCACAGAGCCGAUCAUGGCGACUCUCAGCGGCAGUCGUGGGGAUCGCUUCGGCAACACUAAUCAACGAAAGUCUUCUUUUGCAUCUCCAGAGAAAGUCCGAGCACUUCUUAAUGCAGGAGUGUCCCCGGCACAGGUCGGGUCUAACAGUAAACAAGAAAAUGGGAAAGUUCUGGAAGUAAAGAGCGAUACUCAAGCACCUUGUGAGUCAACAAACAAAGAGGCCUUUUUCUCAAGAGUGGAGUCAUAUUCAUGUUUGAAAUGGGCAGGCAAACCCCGCACUCUGUCCCCUCUCAUAUGCGCCCGAUAUGGCUGGAUCAACGUCGGCUGCGAUAUGCUCAAGUGCUCCAGCUGCCAGGCGUUCCUCUGUGCAACACUACAACCAACUUUAGACUUUGAAAAAUAUGGAUCCCGCAUUGCAGAGAUUUCGAGGCAGCUCCAGUCGCAGCAUGAGAAGUUUUGCCCCUGGCCUGACUUUCCCAGCCCAGAGAGUUUCUGGCUGGUUCCAGCGUAUGAACCGUCAGCACUUCUCACCGCCUUCUUAGGGCGCUUCCAGAGCGCCUGUCUGCUCGCACAGCAGCUGCCUGCCAUGAAGCCGGAGCAGCUGAAGUCUAUGUCUUUGACAGAGGAGGUCAUCAGUGUUAUACUGCAGCUGAUCGAGGAUGAACACAAAAGAAAGAAAGAUUCUCCAUGUUCUGAACCCUUGGCUGUCCAGGUGGCUGCAUGCAUUGUUUCUCUCUGUGGCUGGUCUGCAAGCACGGCCCUGCAGCGCGAUGAACCUGCGCUACUCCUCAGAAUGCUCCGUACUGUAGGCAAGGUGGGCUUCAGUGGAACUUCUUCCAGAUGGAGGAACGGCAUGGCGAUGUAGAUCGUUUGUCAACCACACACUGUAGGGCCCUCUACCCGCUCUACCCCCUCCUACUGCAACUACAGUUAGCUGCUGCCGUGGCCCUGCCUGAGGGGCCAGGGGGACCAGCCUACUCUCUGCCUCAUCCACCCCUCCAGCCUCGUAUGAAGCUGAGGAGGCCAGGACUUCACCCCGAGUCUGAU